CGCCACUCCCCCCACACACUGUUAACCUCGGUAGCAGAGGCAUCACUCCACAGCUUGCCUGCAAGCCAUCUUCUCCACGAUUCCGCUCACGGUUCAUCGGUUGCCACCCGAUUCUGGUGCGCCGUCGCAGAGCGGCGAAGAUGGCCACCAAGGGGCGCAAGGUCGUCGAGGUCCGUGACGCGAGCAGGACGGACGGGAAGGGCGACGCCGCGGACGUCCACGUCGUCCGCGAGGGGAAGAGCGACCACGACACCGCCGGCGGCGUCGGCCACCGCGGCGCGAGCAGGACGGACGGGCAUGGCGACGCGGGCGGCAAGGUCGGGGACUUCCGCGGCAUCGACGGGAAGGACUCCCUGAAGAUCGUCGCGAUGCAGGCGCCGGUCACCGUGGAGCGCCCCGUCCGCGGCGACCUCGAGGAGCACGUCCCCAAGCCCUAUUUGGCGAGGGCUUUGGCGGCUCCGGACAUGUACCACCCGGAGGGGACGACGGAUGAUCACCAGCACCACAACAUGAGCGUGCUGCAGCAGCACGUCGCCUUCUUCGACCGCGACAACAACGGCAUCAUCUAUCCCUGGGAGACUUACGAUGGAUGCCGUGCGGUUGGGUUCAACGUGUUCAUGUCCGCCUUCAUCGCGUUUCUGGUGAACCUGGUCAUGAGCUAUCCCACCCUGCCCGUGAGUGAGCUAUCAAAGAACUUGAGAAAUCACACCGUGUUUCAUUCAGUCUUUGUAUGUAUUGACUGCGUUUUUGUGGCUGUGCAGGGUUGGCUGCCGAACCCUCUCUUCCCGAUCUACGUGCACAACAUCCACAAGAGCAAGCACGGGAGUGAUUCGGGGACCUAUGACAAAGAGGGCCGGUUCAUGCCGGUGAAUUUCGAGAACAUCUUCAGCAAGUACGCCCGCACGUACCCGGACAGGCUCAGCUACAGGGAGCUGUGGCGGAUGACCGAGGGGUGCCGGGAGGUGUUCGAUUUCUUCGGCUGGGUGGCGAUGAAGCUGGAGUGGUCGUUCCUGUACGUGCUGGCUCGGGACGACGAAGGGUACCUGUCGAGGGAGGCCAUCCGGCGCAUGUACGACGGCAGCCUCUUCGAGUACAUGGAGAGGCAGCGCAUGGAGCACGUCAAGAUGUCCUAGAUCACAGUCGACGGUGAAACUCGCAUGGUCGGAGCUGCACCCACCUGUGAUGCUUUCCGUGUCCGUGUGUGUGAUGUACAGCAGGCCACAGAUCCAUGCGGUGUGCCGCUGGUGUGGCGAAAUGAAAACAUAAAUAACGUGAUAUAUGCCAUGGUUUGUAUGUUUAGCCC